AGGGACGUUUAAACAAGUCGUUCCGGGACGAAAAAAGGUCUCCAUGACAGAUUUCUUGGUCAGCGUUGUCUGUUUUGGAUAGAACAUCGUCUGCCAUAAUCGGCUAGCAGACGUGAGGUUCCUGAUUCUAAGGUUUUAAACUGACAUUGAGGCUAAAAUCACAAAUGUCUGUGUACCAGAUUUCGCUCCUGCUGUUUCUGAUGUCUGUUCAGAUCAAGUCCCACUCUGCCCCCAGCUCCAAAGUGCACAAAAAACUCGACCGGCUGAGCAGGAUGCCUUUGUUCUACGGGAAAAGAUCGUUCCCUCUGCGGAGCAGCGUCGAGUCGCCCGAUGUGCCGGAAGGCGAUGAAACGAUUGGCUGGGACGAGAAUGCGAUACCAUCGUCGGAUAUGAAGACUCCAUACGAGAACGAUAUUAAUACUUAUAUACUCUCCAGCGUUGGAUUCUCACCACCGUUCAAUGACCACUCUAAACUGGGGGAAAGUAAGGGACUUUUCCCAAACCUUUACAAACUUUUAUUAGGGGAUAGAUUCAUCAACCCAACCACUUUCCGUCAAUACAAGAAACAAAGGCAACAUUUAAACCUAGACUCACUAUUUCCACCAAGACCAAAAAAAGCUGGAAUUUACAAAGAUCUUCAGGACUCCUUGCAGUCAGAAGACUUACUUCAAGGAAGCGAAGAGUCGAAAUGGUAUCUUCCUAGUUUAGUGUCCCCCAACAAUGAUGAGAUCAGCUCAAACGGCAAUGAGUUAAACACACUGGCAUGGGCAGAUUCGGAGGACUACAGGGAAAGGUAAUGGCGUUCUCAAGCGGUGGAGCUUUACUGUGACAAGAGCACAAGUCGAUUGUUUUGGUUUUGUCUGGAUUUGGUUCGAUUCUACCAGUUACCUCAAUUGCAUUUGUUCAAUUAGUUCUUCAACCAAGUUCUUGGACAAGUGUUUUAACAUCUUUUCUGUUCAUCUCUCUCUUCGUCUUCUUCUGCUUUCUUCUUCCAUUCUUUCUUCUUUGUUUUAUGUCUUUGUACAAUGCCUUCGUUUCGUUUUGGAAUUUGUUUUGUUUUUUGUUUUUACUUAAUAAAAAAAAAAAAAACUACUUUAAAAAUAUAAUUUCCCAUUUCUUUCUACCAUUCUUGUCCUUUUUUUUUUUGGUUCGUAUGUUUGCUAUCCUGUCUGUUAGUCUUAUUCUCGAUGCGUCUUUUUCUCAUUCCCUCUAUCUCUGUCAACCUUUCUCAAUAGCUCUCUCUUUGUCUCUCUCUCUCUAUUUCACUCUCUCUCUGUCUCCUUCUCUCUCUGUUUCUCUGUCUCAUUCUGUCUCGUCUGCCUCGUUUAAUCUCUUUUCUCUCUCUCUCUCUCUCUCUCUACGUGUUUUGUUAUUCUCUUUCUUGCUCUUUUUCCCCUUACUCUCUCUUAGUCUCUUUUUCUCUCCUUCUCUACCUACUUCUCUUUCUCUGCCUACUUCUCUUUCUCUGCCUACUUCUCUUUCUCUGCCUACUUCUCUUUCUCUGCCUACUUCUCUUUCUCUGCCUACUUCUCUUUCUCUGCCAUUCUCUCUGUCUUUUUGUUAAGGUAGACGUUUGUCCAAAAUGUCUGUCAAAAAUGUCUGUCUAGGUUUUCUGACUUGCUAAUUUUCUUUUGUUAACACUGUCCUGCGGAUGUUUUUAUUUCAUGUUACUUAUUAUAAUUAAAGCUUGAUAUAAGAACUUUAUGUUUACAAUCUAGGGCUUGAGAUAAGAACUAUAUUAUAAUACAAGCUUGAGAUAAAAACUAUAUUAUAAUACAAGCUUGAAAUAAGAACUGUAUUAUAAUACAAGCUUGAGAUAAGAACUGUAUUAUAAUAGAAGAUUGAGAUAAGAACUGCAUUAUAAUACAAGCUUGAGAUAAGAACUGUAUUAUAAUACAAGCUUGAGAUAAGAACUGUAUUAUAAUAGUAGAUUGAGAUAAGAAAGAACUGUAUUAUAAUAGAAGAUUGAGAUAAGAACUGUAUUAUAAUACAAGAUUGAGAUAAGAACUGCAUUAUAAUGCAAGCUUGAAAUAAGAAUUGUAUAUUGCAAUACAAUUGAAAGAAAAGAACUUGAAAAUUUGAAAUAGGGGCGGGGUUCGUACUUACUAGUACAUUGGGUGUGAUACUCCGAGACUUAGGAUCUGAUAGAGCCCACAAAUACAACACUUUUUAGUUUUAUUCUUGGUUCAUUCAAAUUUCUUUAUCUUUGUUUCUGUAUUAGCGAACGCAAUGUCUAACUUUCAAGACUUAUGUUUCUGUAUUAGCGAACGCAAUGUCUAACUUUCAAGACUUAUGUUUCUGUAUUAGCGAACGCAAUGUCUAACUUUCAAGACUUAUGUUUCUGUAUUAGCGAACGCAAUGUCUAACUUUCAAGACUUAUGUUUCUGGUUGAUUUAUUAGUGUUAAUAAUGAUGUUGUUACAGUUUAUUUGUAAAUAUUUGUUUCAUGAUCACAUCUGCGAGGGUCCAGUGUGAGAAAAAACCCCACAAAGACGAGCCUUGGUGAUCAAGUUAUCAAUUCAAUAAAAGCGUUGCUAAAAUUAGGAAAGACAAUCGUGUUUUUUGAU